CCUCAGAAACCACUGUGUCUUCUUCGCCAAAUCCCUGGCUAUCCCAGUUUCCUCACUAUGGGGAGGGUGAGGAGGGGAGUGCUGGACAUUGAUUUUAAGAGCAUCAGGAGUGCCCACAUUCCAGCAUUUUUGUUCUUUUAAAUUACUAUCAGUUACUCUCCUGCUUCCAAGUCCCCAAGUGAGCGCUCAGUAUGUGGCUGGGAUAAUAAACUGACAUCAGCAUCCAAGGGGACUUGUGUUCUGCUUUUAUUCUGUGAGUGAACUGGUGCUAAAUGCUGUCCCUUCAUGAUUCUCCCCAAGCCCCAUCGGAGAGGACUCUGGGGCCAGAUUCUCCGUCCUGGUUCCAGGGGCCCUGGGUGACUCCUUCUGUCUGUUCAACAACCAGAACACAGAGGUCUGGGGAGGGACCCUUCCUUGGCUCCAGGUGUCCACCUCUGCCUGGCUUGCCCAUGCCCUGCUGGAGGGUGAGGUCGGGGCCAGAGUUAGUGAGGUGGCUGGGAAAGGGGGAAGGGGCCGAGGCAGCCCAGCCUGGUGAUUCCACUUGCCUGCCAGACCAUUCCUCACCGCUCCAUCCAGCAUCCCAUGGAUCUGCUGCCUCUGUAUGCUGCUGCUUCCAGGUCCCAGCCUGCCCCAGCUUAGGUGUGGGAGGGAUCUGCCCUGUGGGGACCCAGGAAUCCUGCAAGACUCCUCCAGCCCUUUCCAGGGGUGUCCAAUCCCCCAUUCCUUCCAUGGAGCCCAGGAGCUCCGUUCCGCAGCCCUCCGUAGGGUCCCCCAGUCACUCACCCUUCCCCAGGGCCCAGGAAUCCCUCAGCCUCCCCAGGGGCCUGGAGCUCUCCCCACGCUUUAGGAGGUCCUCCUGCCAUCUGGAGCCCGAGAGAUGAUGUGUGCAAAGGGCAGGGCUUAGCACAGGCCUGAAACAGGAGGGACCUGUGGUUGUUACCAGUGUUGCCUUUAACAGCUGUGAGACGUGAGGCACUGGAUCUGGGAAGACACUUGCCCCAUGGAGACGAUGAUGCUAAUGUCCAUAGGUGCUCAGCACGUGGCUUCCUCUUGUCCUCAGCACAGUUAUGGACACAGGCUUGGAUGCCCCCAGCUCACUGAAGGAAACCAGCCCAGGGUCACACAGCUG